GAGGAGCAAAUUUAUGGUCACACAUUUCAAAUGGUAGGUCCAGUGGGUUUUGAAAGGAACCUCAAUUUCACUAUAUAUAUAUAUAUAUGUGCUCUUUUGACCUUAUUGUUUAGGCAAAUAGCUCACAAUAACAACAUAAAUAAAGAAGAAAAAGGAAAGAGAAAAACCAUCACACCGUUGAAAACUAUUUGCUGCAAACUAUGGAGCAAAAUCAGAUUAAUGGUGCCAAGAAAGAGCCAAAUUACCGCGGGGUGAAAGCCUUGCCUUUCAUCAUAGGAAACGAGAUAUUUGAGAAGUUAGGUACAAUCGGGACGGCGUCUAAUCUAUUGGUGUACCUAACAACGGUGUUUAACAUGAAGUCUAUAACGGCCGCUAACGUGCUUAAUAUCUUCAACGGGACUUGCAUGGUCGGGACUUUGUUCGGAGCUUACAUGUCCGACACUUAUCUCGGCAGAUACACGACUAUCGGCAUAGCUUCAGUCUCAUCUUUCCUGGGGAUGCUGGCCUUAACUCUAUCAGCAGCAUUUUCCCAACUACACCCCCCAACAUGUGGGCCCGAACAACACACCACUUGUCACGGGCCCUCACCGGGCCAGCUCACCUUCCUAUACACCGCUUUUGGGCUUCUAGUGAUCGGGGCAAGCGGUAUCAGGCCCUGCAACCUGGCCUUCGGCGUGGACCAAUUCAAUCCCAACACGGACUCGGGCAAAAGGGGCAUCAACAGCUUCUUCAACUGGUUCUACUUCACGUACACGUCAGCCAUGGUCAUCUCGUUGACCCUCAUCGUGUACGUGCAGUCCAAUGUGAAUUGGGCCCUCGGGCUCGGCAUCCCGACUUCGCUCAUGCUCAUGUCCUGUAUUUUUUUCUUCAUCGGGACAAGAAUUUACGUCGUCGUUCGGCCCGAGGGAAGCCCGUUGUUGGGCUUGGCCCAAACGGUGGUGGCUGCGUUCAAGAAACGGAAGUUGGAGCUGCCCGACCAACCGUGGGACUCGUUGUUUAAUCAUGUCCCAAAAGACUCGAUCAACUCGAAACUUGCUUACACGAGUCAACUCGGGUUUCUAAAUAAGGCGGCAAUUCGAACACCGGAUGACAAUGUUAACUCGGAUGGCUCGGCUGCCGAUCCUUGGAAACUCCGGAGUCUGCAACAAGUCGAGGAGUUGAAAUGCGUAUUGCGAGUAAUGCCAAUAUGGAUAUCCGGGGUCAUAUACUACAUAUUCUGGGUCGUAACACAGAACUACGUCGUAUUCCAAGCCCUACAAAUGGAUCGGAGGCUCGGGAGGGGUAGUUUUGUCAUUCCAGCCGCGACCUACCAGAUCUACACGAUGAUCACACUGACGGUGUGGAUCCCAAUCUACGACCGGAUUCUCGUUCCAUUCCUUCGUAAAAUCACCGGUAACGAGAGUGGAAUCACGAUCCUGCAACGCGUUGGGGCCGGAAUGGCGUUCGGGGCACUGACUAUGAUUGUGUCAGGUUUCGUGGAGAAUCGUAGGAGGACGUUGGCUUUUACGAAGCAUAAUUUGGGAUUUGUUUCGAAGAAUAGGGCAAUUUCGUCCAUGUCGGGAAACUGGUUGAUUCCUCAGUUGGUGCUUGCUGGGCUGUCCGAGGGUUUCUCUGUAAUUGGGUUCGUCGAGUUUUUCUACAAGCAGUUUCCGGAGAAUAUGAGGAGCUUGGGCCCGUCUAUUUUGAUAAGCGGGUUCGCGAUUUCUAAUUAUCUGAGUAGUUUUUUGAUUUCGGUGGUUCACCAGACGACUAAAGUACGCGAUAGGGCUGACUGGUUGGCCGAGGAUCUUAACGAGGGGAGAUUGGAUUAUUUUUACUACUUGAUUGGGGCUUUGGAGGUUGUGAAUUUGGGCUACUUUUUGAUAUGCGCCAAGUGGUACAAGUAUAGGAAAACGGACAGUGGCACGAAUGAUGUGGCCAUGGUGGGAAUGUGAGUGUGAAAUAGUUCAAGUAAUUAUAGCCUAUAGGUUGUUUGUUGCGGGAUAUUGUUAACUGUGUUUGUAGUUUAUAUUACGACUAAUAGCACAAUAAUUAUCGUGUUUUGUCACUUGCACUGAGUUAUAAUAAUAAUUUUAUGGAUAAUUACAUUUUCGCUACCAAAAGGUUGUUAAAUUUUAGAAUCACCAUGUAAAAUGUACUUGGGAGCACUUUUGGAAAUUAUAAAGUUGGCAUUUUGGAGAUCCAACUUAUCAAUAAAUUUAUUUUUAAAUUAAC